GAAGACCAGACCCAUCUACACCACCACUGGACAUUCAGAGGAAAACUACAUCCUUCUACAAGAUCAUUGCUUCAACAAAACCACAUCUGUCACUCCAGGAGGACUGCAGCCACGAUUUGAUUGGACUGCAAGCAACACCCUGACUACCCGGGUGUCAGGAUUUCCCAUUCCCAAACCUUGGCUGGAUGGAGGAAGAGGCUGUGAGGAAGAGGAAGAUGCCCCAGGACAGCCAGGCAGACAAGGAGCUGAGGAUGGAGACCUGGGAGUACAAAUCCCCAUGGCAGGACCUCAUGGAAGAGGCUGUUUUAAGUGGCUCCAUGGCACAGGAAUCAAAUCAGGGGAAAAAGCGCCAGAGACCCUGCAGGAGGAAGGACUCCAAACCCAUCCCAGGGUGCUCUGAGGAGGAAAGACCCACCCUGUGCCAGGAAGGUGGACAGAGCUUCAGCCAGAGCAACACCACGGUCCAGCACCAGAUCAUCCACACCAGGGAGACGCCCUACGAGUGUCCCAAGUGUGGGAAGAGGUUUCAGACCAGCUCCACUCUCCUACACCACCAGCAGAUUCACACAGAGGAGAGGCCCUUCCGCUGCCCCGACUGCAGGAAGGGCUUCAAGCAAAACUCCCACCUCAUCACCCACCAGCGCAUCCACACUGGGGAGAGGCCCUACGAGUGUCCCCAGUGUGGGAAGAGCUUCACCCAGAGGUCUCACCUGAGCCAACACCAACGAGGCACCCGUAAGGGAAGCCCUGCGAGUGCCCUGACUGUGGGGAAAGCUUCCUGCACUGCUCCAACUCCAUCCCCCAUCAGGGGACCCACAUUGGGAAGACACUGGGCUGGUGGUCCUUUAGUUUGGUGGUCCCUAAUAUUCUUUUGAUUCAUCUUCCUCCCUUUAAAACCAGUAAAAUUGGGUUGAGAAUCAACAAAUUCAUCAAAGCCAUCUCAAUCCUCAUUUUUUACUUGUGUUUCUAAAGAAUCUGGGACUCUGAGUGUUACUUGGGAGGAUUUGAGGGUCUUUGGUGUGGUUGUCUCCAUUUUUUAACCCUCAAAGAGACAAGACGGUUUGAUCUGUCACCUCAAAAACACUCAUUGCCACUGAAAACUACUUAAUCCUACCCAAAAAUUAUUUAAUUCCUCAGACCCUCAGUGUGGAAUGGGGUUGGAAGGAGGUAAAGUGGGCAAAGUGGGAUGCAGAUCAG